AUGGCCGGACUUGAAUCGGUGCCCGCCUUCACCGAUCGAGCAAAGCAGAUCGGCAUCAGCGAGGAACUUCUGAACAAGCUCCUUGCUAAGAACUUGAACACCUUCGGCAAGCUCGCUUUCGUGUGCUCGAGCAAACCUUCCAGCGGGGAUGACACUCCUCUCUUCGAAGCCCUGAAGACUCUGAUUGGGAGUGAGGUUCCAGUGGAACAACAUAUGGUGAUCAGGCGAUUGUGGUACGAGAGCCACGCCCACGCCCUGGUGGACUUAGAAUCGAGGGCUUCGAGAACAAGUGAUGCAAGCCCCCGCGAGCUUCCGUUGGCAGAACGCUUGACACGCUUGAAACGCCAAAGGGGCGAGCUUAAAGGCCUCGAGAUGGAUAUCCACACAGAGCCUGGACACGGCCUUGUGGACCGCGUCCAAGCCAUGCUCGAUUCCGCACAAGUGCUACACAUCGCACCAGAAAAGUGCAUUUCCCGCCAUGACGAGAUCCUGGGUGAGAAGACGGAGCAAAAGCUCUCUUUGGGAGCUGACGGGAACAUCAAGAUCACGAAGCAAGCCUCGAGUCUCCGGUGCGAGACUACCGGCGAGCUCAAGCUUCGCCGGUGCUUCCUGCGCCGAGCCUUAGCGUUCGAUCAAGUAGGGCUCGCUUCCUUCACUGCAAUGGAGUCUUGGCACAACCGCAUGUUCCAGGCUCUGCUUGAUGUAGUGGCCCAGGAGAGCCGAGGUGACAUCGUCGUCGGAGUCGGAGCCCCGGCUCCUCUUGAUAAGCACAUAGCCCUACCGUGGAAGCCGAAUAAGGGACCUGACAAGGGCAAUCAGAAGGGAGAGAAGGGUACCAAGGGCAAAGGCCGCGGCAAAGGGAAGCAGAAUCACAGCCAGGGCCAGGCUGAUGCCUCCUCGCAACUGUCCCUGAAGGAGCUGCUGGAGUCGUUGCCCGAGGGCUGCGUGCGGGCCAACGAUGAUGGGCGUUUCAUCUGCCCAUUUUACAACAAGGGGAUCUGUCGCUUCCAGAAGCGCAAGUCGUGCCGCUUCGGCAAGCACGUGUGCAACUUCAGGGGGCUUUUUGAUGCCUUGCCGCAUGAGCAGUGCGACCGAGACGCCGAAGGGUUUGUAGCCUCUUUGCUUGAUGGUGCCGUUUACACCAGUUUCGCCAUUUUUGAUCAGGUCUGCUCCUCACGACAGCUUCCAGUGACAGAUCAGAUGCGUCGGAUUCUCCCCCUGGAAGAGCCCGCUCCGCCUGCCUCCGAGCAAGAAUCAUUCCCCUCGUCUGCGUCUUCAGGAUCCGUCCAGGUGUCAUCGGAUCCCAGUGUGCCUGCUUGUCCGGAUCCCAGUGCACAUCAGCGAAGUGCCGCUUCAGCCUCGCUCGAGACCUCAGAGGGCUGCAACACCCUGUCGAAUCAGGGCCCCUCUUCGGUCCCUCGUCCGCCCAUGCUUGCCGAUUGCCUCGCUGUCUCGGGAUCCUUAUCGGCCGCCGCCCUUCAAGCUGGAUGGGAUGCCUUGCCAUUGGGCCACAAACGUGGUGCCCCUGAGUGCUGUCCCCGAGUGCCGAUUGACCUCUCUGCUGCAGACGUUCUGAAAGCAUUGCUUGACUUCGAUCGCCACACACUCGUCGACUGGUGGCAUUUCAAUCUGUUCAUGAAAUCUUGCAAUCAGGGGAGUGAUUCUCGAGGACGUGCGAGCCUUCGUGACGCCUCUCACUUGCUAGGGCGAGAAGGCCUUCCUGCCCGCGCCGAUUCGCUGGUGCAGCAUGAAAACAGCUUACUGCAGGCGGUGGUCGACCUGCUGUUCCGAGCUUUCGAAACUCGGGCCCUGGUCAGCUUGAUCGGGCGCCAUCAGGACUUUCUGCAAUGGUUUUUCGCUCUGGCCGAUCAGGAGCUUGAUACUUGCAUGUUCGGAGAUGGUAGAGCCGGAGACCUGGCAGGUGUGUACUUCUCCAUGGAGGAGCACCUGCAUCGUGCAUGUGGGCUAACCUGCCCAGCUGACAAUAGCGCUCGUUUGCCCGAUGCUGUUCGCCGCAACAUCUUUGCCAUUCUCACGGAAGGCCCAGUGGCUGUGUCAAAGCAGCGGAUGCUUGAACUGAAAAAAUUGAAUGACCGGAUGGCGGUGCUGUCCGCCACUGAGAAAGAACUUCGAGCCAAAAUGCAUCCGGAUGUGGAGCGAGUCACGAAGGGCAAAGCCCUAGCUUUGUUUCGCGAGCUUCUUGAGGAAACAGGCUUUCCCGACAUGUCAGUGGUCGACCUUCUUACCGACGGUGUGCCCUUAGUUGGUCAGGAAGCCGAGUCCCCUCUGUUUGCAAAGCGGCCGAAGCCCAUGGACCUUGAGCCAGAUCAGCUUAAAGCCCAGGCCAAACUGCGGCGGCGUGCAUUGCAGAAGAUGAAAGGGCUUACCUCCGAGCAGGAUUACAAGGCGAUGAAAGCUGAGACUUCCGAGGAACUGGCAGCUGGUUUCCUCACGGGUCCAUACCACUCGGAGCAGGAAGUCAGCGACAUCUUGAAGACCGAGGCUUGGUCGCUCUCGCCUCGUUUCCUGUUGAGGCAGGGUGAAGAAGCCAAGAUAAGGAUAAUUGACGACUUUAAAAUGUCGGCUGUUAACCGGGCCUUUGGUUCCUCGUCUUUCCUAGAGCUUCAGGAUACGGAUUACGCGGUCGGCCUCCUGAGGUUCCUUUCCCGUGUGCUGCAGGAUCGCUCCAAGGUCCGGGUCCCCUUGUCUGAUGGCACCGUGCUCGAGGGGGACUGGCAUCCUGAGAUGCUUCGCCAGCCCGCUCUGCUCGGUAAGACGCUGGACUUGAGUAAGGCCUAUCGCCAGGUGAGCAUCCAUCCUUCCACGAGGGAACACGCCGUGCUUGGUUUCCCCAACCCACAGGGCGAGUGGGAAUUCUACAUAGCACAGAGUCUGCCUUUUGGUGCUGCUGCCAGCGUGUACGGGUUCAACAAAGUGGCACUUGCAAUCCUUCACAUCAUGGUUGUCAAGUUCGCCGCAAUCGCGACGGACUUUUACGACGACUACACUGUCUACGAAUUCCGCCCGGCUGCUUUCUUGCUGGACAAAGUCUUGAUGAGGCUGUUGGACUUGCUAGGGUGGACCUACGCGAAGUCGGGGCGGAAGUUUGUGCCUUUUGACAACAAGGUAGUCUCUUUGGGCGUUUCUUUAGGUCUUGACGAAAUCUGGGAAGGCACUCUCAAAGUCGAGAACAAAGCGGGACGUCUUGAAAAGAUUGCAGAGCUCCUCCGAACAGUCGCCCAGGGCGGAGCCGUGACGAGAUCUGAUGUUGCCUCGCUGCGCGGCUUGAUCAACUUCGCAGGUGGGCUGAUUAUGGGCUUCGAGUUGAAGCCAACGUCGAGAAUGCUAUCCCGGGCCUUGUCGGGACCCUUUCAAGGCAGCACACUCGAACUUCGACUGGCUUGUGCGUUAGCUCUGGAUGUCAUUGCGCAGUGCAGACCAAAGAGGUGCCCAGCUACCAUUCUGCCGCCGAUUGUGCUCUACACUGAUGGAGCCUUCGAGAAAGGGCGAGGUACCUGGGGCGCGGUUCUAGUAGAUGCUUGCACGGGCUCCCGAUGGGUCUUCGGGGGGGAAGUCUACCAUCCGCUAAUGGGUCACUGGGGCAAGGAAGCUGGGACACAAGUCAUUUGCCAGGUUGAGGCCUAUGCUCUGGCAAUAACCUUGUUCGGGAUCCGCGGAGUGCUGAAAGGUCGCUCAGUCUUGGCAUGGAUUGACAACAAUGCCUGCCUCUAUGGAUUCGUGAAAAGAUACUCCCCCUCAGCCUCCAUGAUGCGCCUCAUCUCCUUGGUGGCUUUGAUGGAGAGUUCCAUGGAAGCGCUUCUCUGGUUUGAGCGGGUCCCCUCAAAGAGUAACCCGGCGGACCUCCCAUCGCGGGGGCAGUUUGCAGAAGCUUGUGAGCGUUUUCGGGCCAUAAACAAAGGUGACGUGGCAGCCACUGAUACGAUGAUGGAUUUCAUUCGUGCUCCCCACUACGAGCCUAAGCUGGCUCAGGCCAUUCUUACAUCGGCUAGGCUGGAAGCUGAUUGGGCACAGGAAGUGCUGCAGUGA